GGAACAAUGAUAGCAAAGAGAUAUCAUAUAUAAGAAUCAUUUAUGAAAUUAGUAAACUUUAAACCUUGGUGUUGUGCUAGGUAGGACAAACUGUUAUUCCCUCUUCUAUUUCUGCAGUUGAAAGAAGGAUUCAGCUGUCUGGCAGAAAUAAUCCAUCAGUAUGAUUUGGAUACUUCAGCUCUUAUUUUCUCCACUCCCAACUCCUGCUUUGAUUGGUCUUAUUACUUUUGGAACAACAGUUUUCCUAUGGUUGAUAACAAAACCCAAGCCAAUUAUAUGCCCUGUUGACCUCAACAAACAAUCUGUUGGCACUGAGGGAGGAGCUAGAAGAAGUGCGCUUGUCCCUGAAGGAAAGCUUCUGUCUUAUUACUAUGAGGAUGCAAAGACCUUAUAUGAAGGAUUCAGAAGAGGACGUUAUGUAUCAGAAAAUGGUCCUUGUUUAGGAUAUCGAAAGCCAAAGCAACCAUACCAAUGGCUGUCUUAUCAACAGGUCCUGGACAGAGCUGAAUAUUUGGGAUCAGGCCUUUUGUACAGAGGAUGUAAACCUUCAUCGGAUCAAUUCAUUGGCAUCUUUGCUCAGAAUAGGCCAGAGUGGAUCAUCUCAGAGCUUGCUUGCUAUACUUACUCGAUGGUACCAGUUCCCCUUUAUGAUACUUUGGGCCCAGAGGCAAUUGUGUACAUUGUCAAUAAAGCUGACAUCUCGACAGUGAUCUGUGAUAAACCUGAGAAAGCAGAGACAAUACUGGAGAAUUGUGAGCAAGGAAAAAUGCCAGGAUUAAAGACAAUUAUUUUGAUGGAUCCUUUUGAUGACAGACUAAAAGAAAAAGGAGUUACACUGGGAGUUGAAAUACUUUCUUUUCAGGCAGCUGAGGCACUAGGAAGAGACAAUUUAAGCAAACCAGUUCCUCCCAAACCAGAUGAUCUUUCUGUUGUUUGUUUCACAAGUGGCACAACAGGUGGGUAAUUUGAGAGAAUGUUG